AAGAGAGAGAGAGAGAGAUAUUAGCCUCUUCCACACAGCGGAGUUUGUGCAGCUUGCACACUGUGCGUCUUGUCGGGGCUUCAGCUUUAAACACCUGGUGGAUGAAUGAUGUCUGCCGCUAGUAUUGACCCUCAGACAUCGAAAGGACAAGAUGCAAGCAAAGCCUUUCCAGUUUCAGUGCAGAAUGGCUCGCUCCACCAGAAGGAUACAGUCCAUGACAAUGACUUUGAGCCCUAUCUCACCAGCCAGUCUAAUCAGAAUAACAGCUAUCAAUCAAUGACAGACCCUUACCUGUCCAGCUACUAUGCCCCCUCCAUUGGGUUUCCUUACCCUCUCAGUGAGGCUCCGUGGUCUACAGGAGGUGACCCGCCGAUUCCCUACCUGACACCCUAUGCCCCCCUCAGCAAUGGAGACCAUCACUUCAUGCACGACACGGUGUUUGGGCAGCCGGGCGGGCUCAGCAGCAGCAUCUAUCCUCACAGGUUUAACUUCUUCCCGGAGAACCCGGCCUUCUCCGCCUGGGGCACCAGCGGUUCUCAGGGCCAGCAGACUCAGAGCUCGGCCUACGGGGGCAGUUACAGCUACCCGCCCAGCUCUCUGGGGGGCACCUUGGUCCCCGAUGGCCAGACAGGUUUCCAUAGUGACACCCUAAGCAAGGCUCCAGGUAUGAACAGCCUAGAGCAGGGCAUGCUGGGCUUAAAAAUAGGUGGGGAUGUGACAGGAAGUGGCUCGGGUGUGAAGAGUGCAGGCUCUGUGAUCGGCGGCGGUGGCAGUGUCGCUGCAGCUGUUGCCACGGGCAACGGUGGCACACCGAUUGGAAUGCCCCCCCCGAAACCGACAUCGUGGGCUGCCAUCGCUAGUAAACCUGCCAAGCUGCAGCAACAAAAGACGAAGAACAAGCCCGGCACGCCCAUCGCUGUCGGAGCUCUGCCUCCACCUCCCAUUAAACACAACAUGGACAUUGAUACGUGGGAUAAUAAAGGGACUGUUACCAAGAUGGCCCCUCCUUUACCCCCGCACCACCACCACCACCACCACCACCAUCACCAGCAGCACCAGCCCCAGCUUCACUCCCACGCUCCCAGUCUCCUGCCCCCCCUUCAACAGUCCCUACAGUCUGCCCAGUCCCUCGUGCAGCAGAUGACCAUGCAGGGUCCUCCACCACCUCCUCCGCAGUCUUACCAGAACCACAACUCCGCUCCGACGCCUCAGACCCGCUGGGUAGCCCCGCGCAACCGCAACCUGUGCUAUGGCGGGGGAAGCUUGGACAGCAGCGGCUCCUCUAACGGCGGCGGUGUCGGUAACGGAGGCGGCGGCGGCGGCGGGGUGCCUCCGGAGCCGGGAUCGGAGUCCCACCCUGUGCUGGAGAAGCUGCGAGCGGCCCACAGCUACAACCCCAAGGAGUUUGACUGGAACCUGAAAAACGGCCGCGUGUUCAUCAUCAAGAGCUACUCUGAGGACGACAUCCACCGCUCCAUCAAGUACUCCAUCUGGUGCAGCACGGAGCACGGCAACAAACGUUUGGACUCAGCCUUCAGAGCUAUGAACGCUAAAGGUCCUGUCUACUUAUUGUUCAGCGUCAACGGCAGCGGGCAUUUCUGCGGCGUGGCCGAAAUGCGCUCGCCUGUGGACUACGGCACCAGCGCUGGCGUUUGGGCGCAGGACAAGUGGAAGGGCAAGUUUGAUGUGAACUGGUUGUUUGUUAAGGACGUGCCAAACAGCCAGCUGCGCCACAUCCGCCUGGAGAACAAUGACAACAAACCGGUCACCAACUCGCGUGACACUCAAGAGGUUCCUCUGGAAAAGGCGAAGCAGGUGCUCAAGAUCAUCGCCCAGUACAAACACACCACCUCCAUCUUUGAUGACUUUUCCCACUAUGAGAAGAAGCAGGAAGAGGAGGAGGUGGUGAAAAAGAGCUAUGAGCCUGCGUCAAUACAGAGCCGAUCCCGAAUCGAUCAGGAUCGUCAGAAGUAAACAGAAGACGGCUGUCAAACGAAAUUUAGAUUUAAAAAAAGGAACAAGGACAUAAAGAAAUUGAAAACUAAUAUUUUUUUCUAUUUAAUUUUGUUGACUUUGGCCCACGUCAAACUUUUUGACCCACGUCGCUCCCGGUUCCCAGUCUUUAAGAUGCGUGCAGGGAUGAAGCUAGUUCCACCAGUUGAAUCGCUUCAAUAAUAUAUAUUUUCUUGUUUUUUCUGUAUUUUUUAGCCUUAUAAAAUCUCUAUCGCUACCCUGGAACUUGCAUUCUUAACUAAAUAUAAGUAACAAAAUAUCUGCACGUCUGUUUUUGAAAAUCUCUUGACAACAUGCUGCUGAUAUUCAGUGACUGUUCACUUUGUGGUUUGUGUGUUGGAGAAAUGUUAAGUGCUUGUAUUGGUUAAUCUUAACGAGUGAACUACACUUAUUGACAAAAUGUCUGCUAUCUGUGUGUGGCCAGUUGUAUUUUAUAUUAUCAGAAGAAGAAAAAAAAUUACUUCUAUAAUGCCCCCUUCCCCCUUUUUUUUUCCAGUGUGAGGGGUGUCUUACUUUGGUGGAGGAAUGUGUUCACUGAGAGUUUCUGUAUGCAUAGAUUUAAAUUGUGCAAGGUUGUGACGUUAGAAAGCAUUAAUGUUAGAGUAAUAUUUUGAAUAAUGUAUCACCUGGCUUAAAACUGAUUUAAAUUUAGCAUUAAAGUGGAGAAAAUGUUUUUUUUUUUUUUUUGUCUCUCUAGAUUGGAGCCUUAACAAUUAUCAGCACUAGUGUAAAUGAAAAUUUGUAACUUUCUUUUCUUUUCUUUUCUGAAUUGUACCUCAAAAGUUUUCAGCUAGAGAUUUCAGGGAAAAGAAGUGUAGAGAUCAAACGCUCUUAAAGGUGGUCCCUCUCUUUCUUAUUUAAAAGGAUGGAAAAACAACUAUACUGUAUGAUUUCAGGUUUUUAUCAACACAGAAAAAUUUGCUUUCUUGUCUUUUUUCCCUGAUACGGUGACUUUUUGUUUCCCCCCUUUUCGGUUUCUAAAAUUCUGGAGGAAAUGUAGCAUGUACUGCUUUUAAAACUCAAGCUAGGUCUGUCACUCUUUUUUGUUUUUGUUUCUUGUUCUCUCUUAACAUAAUUAUAAUCUUUGGCAUUCUCAUCAUUUUCAUUGCUAUAACCUGUCCACCAUCAUCCUCAGAAAAUGUAAGCUUUAAUGUACUUGGCAUUUCUAACUGAGAUCGCCUCAAAAUGUUUAACUGUAGCAUUAUACUUAACUGAUUUAUUGUCAAGUGUAUGAAAACCCAGAGAUUAGCCUAUAUGGUAUAUGUUUGUGACCUUUUUCUUUUUCUUUUUUUAUUAAUUGCUUGCUGUAUUGUGUGUGCAAGAGUGAAAGAAAAGAGAGGGAGUAUGAUUGUGGAGCAAUCAGAGUUAUAUUACUGGUAUUGGAAUAUAGAAAAUUUAUGCAAAAAAAAAAAGUUUUAAGUCAUCCCUGAAUUAAAUAUUCAUUGUAUCAGAGGUCACCAUCACAUUCUUAGAUUUGAUCAUGUUCAUUAUUAAAGAUAUACUUAUCUGUA